UCCGCGACCGAUUUUAUUCCGAGCUGAUUCUUGGAACUCGGCGGCACCGUAUGAAGCACGUAUAUCCAGCAGAGAUGAGGUGGUUGAGGCUCAGAAGGAGCCUCCCGUCGGGCGCACUGCGCAGAUUGGUAAGAGAUAGAAAUGCGCAUUAAUUCAUUACAAGUAAUCAUUUGAUUCAGAGGUGCCAGAGGUCGCUCCAGUCGCAGCUGAUAGCCAUUUGCCUAUGAAAUCGGUAGGGUAUUCGAUGCAACUUGAUGGUGUUGUCCCUUCUGCUCCAUCUCCCGCACGCACACCCGGCGAUUUGGUGUACAAUUCAAGCGAGCCUCGUGCCAAUGCAACGACCGCUACCGCCGAAACUCUAGGGUUCAUGUCAGAACCAGAGGUGGAGCGCAGUGUCAAUGAGACAAGACGUCUCCACAUCCUUAAACCCGAAGAGCAAACCAUUCAGUCAUGCCCUGUUGCGUCGUGGCCGGAUUUGACAACUAGCAAGAAACGGCAACGCUCCUUGGAUAGCGGCGAUCAGUCUCAAAUACCUCUAAACGCAUCACGCGACCCCGAAAAGCCUUUCGCUAUAUGUGAAGUGCCGGCUUAUCCGUCUCCUGCAGAAAGGCUUGGUGAAGGAAAGGGCGAGAUCGAUGGGGGCGUCUUGUCACAGGUCAAAACCUUCUUAGAAGAUCCGGAAGUCCAUUGCUUCUCGGACACAACAGCUUCUUCUAUGCCUGAACGCGGUUCUGAAACGCAACAAGAUAGAUGUCAGCAUCCCGAGCAACAUUUGGAGGGCUACGCUUGGAGGAUGGGUAGACCUGUGUCUGGCUGGAGGCGUGGACUCCUAGAUCAGUCCUUGUCCCAAAAGUAUAUUCCUCCGCCGGCCAGACGUUUUCCUCCUACGUUCGGAGAAAAGCCUGGCCUCCUGAUUUCGGAACAAAACAACGUCUAUACUUUCAAGCUUCCGCCUAUUAGACCGGUCCCUGGAUCAACCUCCCAAAAUGUCAAAGCCGCUCCAGAAGCUCAGGUGAAACAGCCCGUAUCAAAAGUGAAGUUGGAGGCGCCGCAGAAUACCGACGCCACAGACACUGGACGCGACAAGCACACUUUCGCUACAGAUGUGUUCACACCAGAAAUAACCAUACUUACGGAGCUAGAUUUAGCUUUAGGCAACUGCUUCGAACCAUCCAAGUCUCAGCUCAUGUCACUUUCCGACUCGAACUGCGUACUUCUUGAACGGAAGACGAUGUGCGGCGCUCUCUCAAGCGACAAGGUUGAGACGCCUGACCUGCUUCUUGAUUCACAAAAUAGCCUCUUGGUUAUGAUGGCUUCCCAAUCUAUAGACAAGGAAAACAGUUUGGACGGUAUUUCUUCUUUACCUACGCCUGGGCUAAGCAACCGAACGCUGUCUUCUCAACCUUCGCCAAAAGUGGUGGGUGCGCUACAGUGGCCUCCUCCUAGUACGAGAAUAGCCUCCUCCAUUCAUGAACAUUUUCUACCGCGUCAAGAUUCGAUCGAAGCAACGGAUUAUUCGCAUUAUCCGCCGCAGCCUCCUUCCAGCAGCUCUAGCCCAAACCUUUUUUCUUCCCAGAAUCAACCUCCGACAGCCUCUGUACAUGACUCAGCAUGCGCGCCUGUCCAGGGUUAUCACUAUGAAAUACCUGGCAUUCAUUCAGAGUUGCACCGCCAUCAUCCUGCCCAGUCUUAUUUUCGUCCUGAACUAACGCAAGAUUUGGUUGGUACAUCUGGGUGGAUCGCAUAUCCGAACUUUGAUGAUGACGUUCCGUACCUGAUUAACGAAAGAGGCAGCUUUGACAUUACCGUUAUGUCUCCACAAAACGAAACCCGAAAUCCUCCCCAAGGAGAGCCUCCACUUGUCAACUCUUUACUAUCUCAACAUUCUGGUUUCAUGCCAUACAUCUCCUCGCGGCAGAGCGUACCUUCUGGGCUUGCUUUCCGUACUCAAUAUCCCGCUGGACAAGAGCCUUCUUGUUCUUCUAGUGGAAGACAAUAUGUUAAUCUGCAAUAUCCGAUCGCGUCGUCUGUGCGUGCCUCAUCAUCGCGUCACCAGUAUGGCCAGUAUGACGGCCAGAAAGAAUUGUCUGCGGCUAGCUCUUAUCCUCUUAUUGCCCGCCAAAAUGGAAAAGGAUACUCUAGUCAAGACUUUUAAGUUCAGGCUACCGUUUUAACGCUUAUUCUUUGUCUCGGAUUCCUCGCCCGUACAUCUUAGCUAUCAAGCAACAUUCGCAUAGGACUGUUUUCAUCGUUUAUUUAAUUUUAACGACACAUGUACUCGGUCGCAGACAUCUUGGGACGAAAGCACAGCCACUCCCAGUCGUAAUUGAAAGCUUUUUGCGCCGCCUAGAGUACUUAU